AUGGAAUUAUGUCAGGAGAGGUUCUUGAACUACUCCAGUUUACUUUCUUCAUUAGUGAAUGAAGAUGGAACAGGAUUAAACGACACUACCGUGGCAUUCCUGCAUCAACUAUUUCCCAAUGAUAUGUUUGUGAAGGCUUUCUCUUUACUUGAAACCCAUAACAUCUUUCUGUAUGUAUGGAGUUCGAGUGAAGGGUCUAACAAUGGAAUAUAUGAUGUGUCAGCUCUAGCGGAAACUCUUUAUGAUGAUAACCUUGGAUCUACUACUUUACUUAGGAUGAUUGUUCAGUCUAUCGAUCAAGAAUUCUCUAAAGAACCUAUAUAUGUGGAUGUUUCUGCAUGGUUCUGUUCUUGUAGCGAGUAUUCCGAGUGCUUACAGGAUCUCACAUCGAUUACUAUUGCGGAUGAGGAUCCAUUGGACAAAUAUUUCGAGAUAUACUCACAUUCGACAGGUGACUGUUUCUCAAGGAUUAGGGAAAAUAUGUACAUGAACACUAGUAAGACUCUUUGUCAGCACCUAUUAGCUGGGGCAAUACUUCUACAAACAUCAGCAAAAGUGCUAAAAUACUUCACAGCAGUAAAACAGACCGUCUCAUUAAUCUGCAUUAGUAACAAAGACGAUUGGCUGAAGCUACACCUGAAUAUAGUGGAAUAA